ACAGCCCGACACAGGCACAUAGACUGUCCAGUAAGAGUAAUGAAACUUUUUCUACUUCUAUUUCUCUCUGCAGCUUGUCUGCUCAUCUCUAAAGGUUCAAAAUUAAGGAUCAUAAAUGGACAUGAAGCCGGUGAGAACUCCAGACCCUACAUGGCUUACAUAAAAGUUGAAAAUCGGACACAUGAAAUGAUAUGUGGAGGAAGCUUGAUAAAAAAAGAAUGGGUGGUGACUGCAGCUCAUUGUAAAAUGCCCAGAUGUACAGCAAUGGUCAUACUUGGAGAGAUUGAUCCAUAUGAAUAUAAACCUAGAAGACAGUCCUUUUCUGUUGUGAAGUACAUCAGCCAUCCAAAUUAUGACAAGAAUACUUACGACAAUGACAUUCAACUCAUGAAAUUAUCAAAGGCCGCAAAGCUUGGAAAUAAAGUACAGGUUAUCUCUUUACCAAACACAUAUGAAGAUGUGGAAGCCGGGACGAUCUGUGAAACAGCGGGAUGGGGAAUGACCGAGAAGCAAGAAAAUGCAGAAUCUCUGAUGGAAGUUAGUGUCUCAGUUAUGAAUAGGACUGAAUGUCAGGAACUUUUCAAAGCUGUGAAAAUCACAAAGAACAGGAUCUGUACCAGUGUGGGACCUAGAGGAGAGGACUCCUGUGAAGGUGAUUCCGGAGGCCCCCUAAUAUAUAACAACAUCUUCAGAGGAAUACUCUCUUUCGGAAGUCAGCCGUGUGGGAAGCGUAGAGGAGCAGCUGUGUAUACUCGUCUAACUAAGGAAUAUGUAGACUGGAUUAAUGAAAUGACAAAGUAGUAGCCCCAGAGCUUUGUUACUCUUCUAUUCCUGCUUUUUAUGCUUUUAUUUUAUUUUAUUGACCUUUACCCAAAUAUACGAGGAAUUAAUAGGAUUGUCCCACCAUAAGAAGUAUCUAAUCGGAGGCUUUGGCCACCAAUGAUCACAAGACUGAGUGCAGGAGUCUCCGGAGUGAGCAAAGAAGUGGUCACAAAUUUGUGCUGCCGCUGCUCUAAGCUCUAUGGGACCUCUGGAGAUAGCCGAGUGCUGUACUCAGCUCCUCAACAGUCCCAUAGAGUUCAAUGGCACUUCAUUCUCUUGUGAUUGGUGGAGUGGUGCACUCUCUCUCCUCUCUGCACGAGAUGGGCUCCAUACAAGUCUUGAUUCAGCAGCAAGGAAAGAGUGUGCGCUAUGCACACGCUUCUUUCCCCUCAUUUUAGGGAUCAGUGGGGGUCUCAGCACUCAGACCCCCACAAUAAAACCUUUUAAUAUGUCUUUAUGACAUAUGAAAGCUUUUUUGAAAAGUUAAUGACCCUUUAACUUCUUAUGGUGGUACAACAGCUUUAAGAGAUGUGUUAUUUCACUUAGUUAAGGGGAUUUCUGGGACUGUAAUAUUGAUGGCCUAUCCUUAGCCAGACCCCUACCUAUCAACUGUUUGAAUGGGCUGCAGUCCUCCAGAACAGGCACAGGAUCCCCUAGGAGUAAACUAUAAAAGCUCACAUUAAAUGACAGCAAGCAGAGAUCUUGAAAACUGUAAGGAAUUGACACAGAAAGUACAGUCAAAUAUUGCACAACUUGCAUUAUCCAAAGCAUUUAAAACUUUACUUUGCUGAAGCCAGAAGACCCCUUUAACUAUUCCACUGCUAGUGAUUGCACUAUGGUGGGCUCUUCCUCUAAGUUACUGCCAUAUUCUGCUGUAUAUAAUAAAAACUAUACUGCUAUAUAGAAAUUA